AUGCGAGCCAGCCAUGCGUUCCGGGGGAAUCAGUUGGUUGGUGGGAUUACAGGAGAGAAUCCUAAGGAUGAGGGUGGAGCAUCCCCAGAAGCUUCAACUCUGGAGGCAAUGGGUCGGAAGGAAGAAGAUGACUGCAGUUCCUGGAAGAAACAGACCACCAACAUCCGGAAAACGUUCAUCUUCAUGGAAGUUCUGGGAUCAGGGGCUUUUUCAGAAGUUUUCCUGGUGAAACAAAGGGUAACGGGGAAGCUCUUUGCCCUGAAGUGCAUCAAAAAGUCGCCUGCCUUCCGGGACAGCAGCCUGGAGAAUGAGAUCGCUGUGUUGAAAAAGAUCAAGCAUGAAAAUAUCGUGACCUUGGAGGACAUCUAUGAGAGCACCACUCACUACUACCUGGUCAUGCAGCUUGUUUCUGGUGGGGAGCUCUUUGACCGGAUUCUGGAACGGGGUGUCUACACAGAGAAGGAUGCCAGCCUGGUGAUCCAGCAGGUGUUGUCAGCAGUGAAAUACCUCCACGAGAAUGGCAUCGUCCACAGAGACUUAAAGCCUGAAAACCUCCUGUACCUCACCCCUGAGGAGAAUUCUAAGAUCAUGAUCACGGACUUUGGUCUCUCCAAGAUGGAGCAGAAUGGUGUCAUGUCCACUGCUUGUGGGACCCCAGGCUACGUGGCUCCGGAAGUGUUGGCCCAGAAACCCUACAGCAAGGCUGUGGAUUGCUGGUCCAUUGGCGUCAUCACUUACAUAUUGCUGUGUGGGUAUCCCCCCUUCUAUGAAGACACUGAGUCUAAGCUUUUUGAGAAAAUCAAGGAGGGCUACUAUGAGUUUGAGUCUCCGUUCUGGGAUGACAUUUCUGAGUCAGCCAAGGAUUUUAUUUGCCACUUGCUGGAGAAGGACCCGAAUGAGCGGUACACCUGUGAGAAGGCCUUGAGGCACCCCUGGAUUAACGGAAACACAGCCCUCCACCGGGACAUCUACCCGUCAGUCAGCCUCCAGAUCCAGAAGAACUUUGCCAAGAGCAAGUGGAGGCAAGCCUUCAACGCAGCAGCCGUGGUACACCACAUGAGGAAGCUGCACAUGAACCUGCACAGCCCAGGUGUCCGCCCGGAGGUAGAGCACAGGCCACCCACCACUCAAGCCUCUGAAGCCUCAAGACCCAGCUCCCCUGAGAUCACCAUCACCGAGGCACCCGCCCUGGACCAGAGUGGGGCCCUCCCCGCCCUGACCCGGCUGCCCUGCCAGCAUGGCCCCCCGCCCACUGCCCCUGGGGGCAGGUCCCUCAACUGCCUGAUCCACGGCUCCCUCCACAUCAGCAGCAGCCUCGUGCCCAUGCAGCGGGGGCCCCUGGCCGUCGGGCCCUGUGGCUGCUGCUCCAGCUGCCUGAACAUCGGGACCAAAGGGAAGUCGUCUUACUGCUCUGAGCCCACGCUCCUCAAAAAGGCCAACAGAAAACAGAACUUCAAAUCGGAGGUCAUGGUGCCAGUUAAAGCCAGCGGCAGCUCUCACUGUCGGGUGGGGCAGACUGGUGUCUGUCUCAUUAUGUGAUCCCUGGGGCCUGUGUCUGUGUCACUACAAUUUUCAGG